AUGUCUUCAAAGAAGAAAGUCAACAAAAACGUCACUCCGAAGAAGUCGACCAGGUCAACACCAAAGAGAAAAGCGAAGGAAGUAUCGGUCGCUGCGCAAGAUGAGCAAGCCGAUCCAGCUCCUGCGAGCUCGACUCAAGCUCUGAAUGAUCUCGAUGGCGAAGAAAUAGAUGGGGUAGAGUUUCAUGAUGCAGAAGAGGAAAUUGCCGAGCCUUCGAAUCAACCGAACCAACACCCAGUUCCUCUUAUUCCUUCCCGUUCAAUCAUCGAACUGAAGAAAGAAGAACACAUUUCCAUCGGCGCAAGGGUCGCAAUGAGCAGCCCUUCCGUCACGAUCUUGGUCAACGACAGAAAUAAGAUCCAUGAAUUCAAAGUCCAUGAUUCGGAAAGGAGUGCCUUCACCGUGAAUGAUUACAUUUGGAAGACCAGAGUCACAUCUCCACACUUUGCCCACUUUUUCGGCUGGUUGUACACUGGAACUGUUCUGGAUACCGUGUGCUUCGAUUCAGAGACUUUGGAUCAAGAGCUUUGGGACCUUGGCGAUUUUCUUGAGGCACCAGGCUUCCAGAAUUACGUCAUGGAUGAGACCAGAGCAGCGUACCGAGACGGCGAGGAGCAAAAAUAUUACAUGUCCACUCGCGCGAUUAGGUCCAUCUACACAAUGGCUAGUGUGGGCCCUCAAUUUCGAUUGUUGGCGUGUGACAUUAUGAAUUGUCUCGACGUCGUCCAUUCGCAGAAUUAUGGAAGUUCAAAAUCUUGGGCAAACCUCAUCAAGGGCUGUCCAGCUUUGAAGAAGAAUCUGGCUGAUAGAGAGCAUAUGGAUUGGGGGGUCACGAGACCAUGGGACGAUGAAUAUCGGGUGAACUAUAUGGUAGCAGAAAAGCCAUUGGGUGAGGCUUGGGAAGUUGAGAUUCUGGGGCGAGGUCUACGGGCCGAAGUUGAGCAACGAGCUAAGAAUGAGGAGGUUUCAGGAAUGGUUGAGUUGGAGCAUCUUAACAGAGAUAAUCAGAAGAGCAAACGUGGUGCAAAGUCUUAG